AUGAGUGAAAAGAAGGGCAAACGCAGCUCGUCGAAGGACAAGCGACAAAAGAAAUCUAGAAGAAUGGUUGGAGGAGAAGGACCGUCAUCUUCGAGUUCGUCUAUGCUGAGUGGACCAUCUGUGGCACCAACGUCAUCAUCUCUUAUUCCACCAGAACGAAUCAAAGUAGAGCCAAGACCACCACAAGCAUUUUCAUUUCCGUACCCUGUACCAGUUCUCGUCGGAGGAAGAGUAAUGUCAUUAUCAGGACCAGGAGAGGGACCGUCUUCACUGUUCCCGCUUAAAUUGAGUGGAUCAUCUGACUCUUCGACGUCAUCAUCUGUUCUUCCACCAGCACGAAUCAAAGUGGAGCCAAGAUCACCACAAGGAGGGCCUUCAUCUCGUUUCCCGUUACCAUAUACCGGCAAAGGCAGUAAAAGUAAAGGAUCGACGUCAUCAUCUGCUCUUCCAUCAACAAAACGAAUCAAAGUGGAGCCAAGAUCACCACAACCUGGGCCUUCAUCUAUGUUCCCUUUACGCAUCAAAGAGGAGCCAAGAUCACCACAAGCUGGGUCUCCAUUUUCAUCAGGGCAACGAAUCAAAGUCGAACGAAGAUCACCGCAAGCAGAAUCAUCUAUGUCAGGCUGGCAUAUUCCGUUCCUUCUGCAGCCGCAGAAAAAGUAG